AGGCUGAGGAGGGCGUGUCUAGAGUGGAAGGCGGCAGUGUGGGCGUGGUCCCGGUGCGCGCUCUCUGUUGGUCGGUUUUCUCCCCUACUCCUCCCACCCCUUCGCCUCGGGAAGAUGGCUGCGUUGAGCACCGGGGCCCUUGACAGAGCGGCCGGGAGCGCCGGGGUUUCGCUCCGCCUUCACCAAGCAUCACACCCUUCUGCCCGUAUCGAUGAAACGUCACCACAGAACCUGGGAGCCGGUGCGGAGAGAGCUGAGGUCUCUAUGUUGUACAGCGACACCAGAACAUCAUUUCACUUUGGCAAGAUGCUGGACACACAUCCGGGGCAGUUCCAGGACAAUUUCAAUAGAGCCCUGCAGCACCCUAGAGCAUCAGAGUCCCAGCCUGUGCAAAGACGAACCCAAUCAGCGCUGUGCAGUGUUUUUCCUGUCCCCAGGCUCGAUGAAGCGAUAGCAGCAGCCGCUCUCACUAGCUUGUCGUCAGGGCCCAUGGUGCUGGGCACAGGAACAGGAUUUCAUGGUGCAUCGUACCCUGAAAAUGUCGUCAUUUCAUCCAGCUCGAGCAGUUCAAACAGCUGUGAACUCUACACAUCCAUCCCCUCCACGCCGUCUCCUCCGCUGCAGCCUGCGCCAUCCUUUGUGUAUGCUGAUGCUGGCCUUGAGGACUCUGACACCACUCACUUCCUUUUUGGUGAACCUGGUCCCCGGAAGAGAAAGAACUCGGGAAGACUCAUGUUUUGCUGUCUUUGGAAGAACUGUGGAAAAGUCCUCAGCACGUCUGCUGCAAUACAGAAGCAUAUACGUACAGCACAUUUGGGACCCUGUUCAGGACCAGGGCACAAUGACGGAGAAGAAGACUUUUACUACACAGAGGUGGACGUAAAUGUGGACACGUUGACAGACGGAUUGUCCAGCCUGACGCCCACCUCACCUACCACCACUGGGCCCCCUCCCUUCCCUUGUGCGGUGUCUCUAGGAGCAGGCAAUAACACAGAGCUGCCUCUGGUGUCCCCCCUCAGUCUGUCAGCCCCCAGCACCCUCUGCCAUGUGCAUACAGAUCACGCCUAUCAGGCACCUUCUCCUAUCAGCAUGUCCGUCACAUCUAAGGUCAGCUUCUCCUGGCAGUCUCCUCCUCCACUGCUCAUUAAAGCUGCCCCAGUUUGCCCCACAUUGAACAUCAGCGAGAAAAGGCCGCAGAUCCUGACAUCUCCUCCGAAUUCCAAGCAGGUGCCCGGGACUCGGAAGCCACGCGGGGAAGCCAAGAAAUGCCGAAAGGUGUACGGGAUGGAACGGAAAGACAUGUGGUGCACCGCCUGCCGCUGGAAGAAGGCUUGUCAGAGGUUCAUAGACUGAGGGCUGUAGCAGCUUAACCUCAACCACCCCUAGGGGGCGCAACUGAGCUUUUAUUUUAUUUUUUUCCCUCCCCAUCUCUAAAAAAAAACUAAGUUUUAUUCCCAGCCUUUUGUGAAAGAGCCUGACGAUUCAGGAGUGUUGUUAUACACCCCAAUAUUUUUAUACAUGGAUUGCAUUUCUUUUGUAUGGUCUGGAGUGGCCCCCUUGUGGGCUGGGCCCCGCCUAGAAUGGCCAUGAGGUUCUUCUCAGGUAACGCUCUGCCAAUCUCUGAGAUUCCUUUUGGUGGACUGAUCAGCGAGGGCGAGAAGACGAAAUUUAUUUUUGAUAUCAUGAAUCGAGAGGAGCCCGUUUUUAUUUUGGCGGGCGGGCUUUGUGAAGGGGAGGGGGGGGCGGGAUGUUUUUAAAAUUUUCUUCUUUUUUCCCCCCUAUUUUUGUAGGGUGGUCUUAAAUUCUUGCUGCACUAUGUUUUGCACUUUUUGGAGGCUAUGUGGACAUGGGGGAGGGGGAUAGGUAAAUUUAUUUAGUGAUUCAUGACUCUUAAACCUGGAGGUAGGAGAGAAAUACUGGUAAUAGGCAGAGUGGACUGAUGGGCCUGUGAGCUAGUCCCUGGGGAUCUAGCUUUGCCUACAUAAUGUCUGCACCGCUUAUUCGUUUUUAAGCCCCACACCUAAAAUGAACUUGUUGUGCAAGUAAACACAAUCCAUUUAUGAGAUGUAAUCUCCAUUUCCACCAGUUGCUUACAUCCCCUUAUAACACACUUCCCCAAUUUGUGGUUCUCCAGCUGUUGCAAAUAAACAGCUCUCAGCAUAUCCUAACAACCUGCUGCUGUUGGGGCAUGCUGGGAGUUGUAGUUUUGCAGCAGCUGGGGAGCCACAGGUUGGGGAUCACUGCCCUAUAAUGAAAUCUGAAUAGUUACUGCAAUCAUCGUGCACACUGGAUUAUAGGAGUUAGAAAUAAGGAUCUAGGACAGCGUUUCCCAACCAG